UCCGCCAUCCCUACUCUGUAAUGUCGGCGCUUCUGGGUUUAACCGAACCGCGCAGCUGCUAAAAAAAUGAAUAAAAAAUGAUCCUGGAAAAGUUCUGGAGAUGUUUAUCGCGACACGCGUUCAUGUGAAGUCAAAAGAGUACCAUUAGCACGUCGACCGACGAAUCCGGGUGUUGAAAAUGACCUCCAUCAUCAAGCUGACUGCCGUGUCCGGCGUGCAGGAGGAGUCUGCUCUCUGCUACCUCUUACAGGUAGAUGAGUUCCGCUUCCUUUUGGACUGUGGCUGGGACGAGAGCUUCUCGAUGGACAUCAUAGAUGCUAUGAAAAGGUAUGUCCAUCAAGUCGAUGCAGUGCUUCUCUCUCAUCCAGAUCCUCUUCACCUGGGUGCUCUGCCCUAUGCUGUUGGCAAACUGGGCCUCAACUGCACCAUCUACGCCACCAUUCCUGUGUACAAGAUGGGACAGAUGUUCAUGUAUGACCUCUAUCAGUCUCGUCACAACACAGAAGACUUUACCUUGUUCACACUGGAUGAUGUGGACUCAGCUUUCGACAAGAUCCAGCAGCUGAAAUAUUCACAGAUUGUGAACCUGAAAGGGAAAGGACAUGGUCUGUCCAUCACUCCGCUUCCUGCUGGUCAUAUGAUUGGAGGGACCAUUUGGAAAAUAGUGAAAGACGGUGAAGAGGAGAUUAUUUACGCUGUGGACUUUAACCACAAGAGAGAAAUUCAUUUGAACGGUUGCUCUCUUGAGACAAUCAGCCGACCGUCUCUGCUCAUCACCGACUCCUUCAAUGCCACGUACGUUCAACCUCGCAGAAAACAGCGUGAUGAGCAGCUCCUCACAAAUAUCAUGGAGACUCUCCGUGGUGAUGGUAAUGUGUUGAUUGCCGUGGAUACGGCCGGCCGAGUGUUGGAGCUGGCUCAGCUGCUGGAUCAAAUCUGGAGGACCAAAGAUGCAGGGCUGGGAGUGUAUUCCCUCGCUCUGCUCAACAACGUCAGCUACAAUGUGGUGGAGUUCUCCAAGUCCCAGGUGGAGUGGAUGAGUGACAAGCUGAUGCGAUGCUUUGAAGACAAGAGGAACAACCCCUUCCAGUUCCGCCACCUCUCUCUGUGCCACAGCCUGGCUGACCUGGCGAGGGUGCCCAGUCCAAAAGUGGUUCUGUGCAGUCAGCCUGAUCUGGAGUCAGGUUUCUCCCGGGAACUCUUCAUCCAGUGGUGCCAGGACUCCAAAAACUCUAUCAUUCUCACCUACCGCACUACCCCGGGUACACUGGCCCGCUACCUCAUAGACAACCCUGGAGAGAAGAUGAUAGACCUGGAGAUCAAGAAAAGGAUCAAGCUGGAGAGUCGUGAGCUGGAGGAGUACUUGGAGAAGGAGAAAAUGAAGAAAGAAGCUGCUAAAAAACUGGAACAAGCAAAAGAGGUGGAUGUGGACUCGAGUGAUGAGAGCGAUAUGGAGGACGAUCUGGAGCAGCCUGCUGUGAUGAAGACCAAACACCACGACCUGAUGAUGAAGGGCGAGGGGGGCCGCAAGGGAAGCUUCUUCAAACAGGCCAAAAAAUCGUACCCCAUGUUCCCCGCUCAUGAGGAGAGAAUCAAAUGGGACGAGUAUGGAGAAAUCAUCAGGCCAGAGGAGUUCCUGGUUCCAGAGCUCCAGGCCACAGAAGAGGAGAAGAGUAAGCUGGAGUCGGGUCUGGCUAAUGGAGACGAGCCGAUGGACCAGGACCUUUCUGACGUUCCCACCAAGUGCACUUGCACCACAGAGACACUGGAGAUCAGAGCUCGAGUCACGUACAUAGACUAUGAAGGCCGCUCGGAUGGAGACUCCAUUAAGAAGAUUAUAAACCAGAUGAAGCCCAGACAGCUGGUCAUAGUACACGGGCCUCCAGAAGCCAGCCAGGACCUGGCAGAGUCCUGCAAGGCCUUUAGCGGGAAGGACAUCAAAGUGUACACCCCCAAGCUUCAAGAGACUGUGGACGCCACCAGUGAAACACACAUCUACCAGGUGAGGUUGAAGGACUCUCUGGUCAGCUCUCUGCAGUUCUGUAAGGCCAGAGACACGGAGCUGGCCUGGAUCGAUGGUGUGCUGGACAUGCGGGUGGUAAAGGUGGACACGGGAGUGCUGCUGGAGGAAGGAGAGACCAAGGACGAGAUCGAAGACGGUGAGCUCGCCAUGGAUGUGACCUCUGACCUGGCGACCGAGCCCAGCACCGUUGCAACGCAGCGGGCCAUGAAGACGCUGUUCGGAGAGGACGAGAAGGAGAUUUCAGAGGAGAGUGACGUCAUUCCCACCCUGGAGCCCCUGCCUCUAACUGAGACUCCGGGUCACCAGGCCGUCUUCAUAAAUGAGCCGCGGCUGUCGGACUUUAAGCAGGUUCUGCUGCGGGAGGGCAUCCAGGCUGAGUUUGUGGGCGGAGUCCUCGUCUGUAAUAACCUGGUGGCCGUACGAAGAACGGAGGCUGGUCGUAUAGGUCUGGAGGGCUGUCAAUGUGAGGACUACUACAGGAUCCGUGAGCUGCUGUAUCAGCAGUAUGCUGUGGUUUAGCGCUGUUUUCUGCAGAGAGCUUCUCUGACGGGGCCAACCUGCAGCUGUCUGAGCCCGGACGCGUCCUUAUUUCUUAUUUUUGUAGUUUUUCUGAGUUUAUUUUUACUGUCUGUUUACCCCGCAGUGCGUGGCAGAUGCUCGCGGCCUGAGCGCGCUCAGUAGGACCUUGGAUGUCCUCUGAGGUUCUCUCCUGAGCUCUGAACUCCGGCCAAAUCGUUGAGAACACAUUUUUGUUGAAUUGUUCUACGAAAAGAGGACUUAAGGAUGUUUUUUUCCUGUUGUUUUUGUCUGAUAAAAUCAGUUUUUUGAAUGAAA